AUGACACGGCCACCACCACCCCCUCCCCCGCCGGGCGAGGCGGCGGUGGACUCCGACGGGACGGAGACGGAGUCCAGUGUGCACCGGUUCCCGGUCACCCUGCUGCAGCCAUCGCAACGGAAGCACCACCAAUCCAAACCCACCAGGUUCCUCCGCUCCUUCCGCUCCGCCUUCCGCUCCCUGCCCAUCCUCGCCCCGCCCGGCUGCCACCUCCCAGCUGCCGCUCCCCACCAAGGCUCCCGCCACCGCGACGGCCACGUCCGCGGCGCCACCCGCACCACCGGCACCCUCUUCGGCCACCGCAAGGCCCGCAUCACCCUCGCCUUCCAGGACAACCCCCGCAGCGUCCCCCACCUCCUCCUCGAGCUGGCCGUCCCCACCGCCAGGUUCAUGCAGGACAUGGGCUCCUCCGGCCUCAUCCGCGUCGCCCUCGAGUGCGAGAAGAAGGCCGCCGCCGGCGCCGGCAAGAGCCGCGUGCUGGACGAGCCCAUGUGGAGCGCCUUCGUCAACGGGCGCAACGUCGGCUACGCCGCCCGGCGGGACCCCACGGAACUGGACCUUGGCGUGAUGCAGCUGCUGCACGCGGUGUCCAUGGGCGCCGGCGUCCUGCCGGGGGACAUGACCGACCCGUCCGAUGGCGAGCUCACCUACAUGCGCGCCUUCUUCGACCGGGUGGUCGGGUCCAAGGACUCGGAGACGUUCUACAUGCUCAACCCCGACGGCAACGCCGGGCCGGAGCUCAGCAUCUUCUUCGUUAGGAUCUGA